UCUGUCAUCGCCGAAAACCAAUUCGCGAUAAUCCCGUGGGCUCAGGAUAAUGUGGGAUUCAAACAAAUUCAUGAUUUCAACAAUCCCUUUCUACUAACAAACAUGAGUAAAGAAAGGGCUAAGAAAGAAGAGAAAGCAAAGCAACCCCGUCCCAGCGAGGCGAAAACGAAUACGAAUUCUAAGGCCUCGAUAUCCGACGAGAGCACGAAGAGGAAAACCAGGAUGAGUAAUAUUAAGGAGGAGGGGUUUUACAAUUAUAGAAACAUGGUGAUUCGCAAUGUGAAAUCUCAAGCGGAGUCGACCGAGGGCAAAGUCAGCAAGAGGGGGAAGAAACGCGUCAAAAAACCCCGCAAGUAGCCAUGUAUCAAGAUCGGGCCUCGCCGGAGGAUUUGCAAAAAUCCCUCUACAGUGAAUCUUAAG